AUGCACCAGAAGAGAAGACCCGACACCCAGAAGGACUCGGUUCCUUCUUGCCUGCAAGCUGACAGCCGCUGUCACCACAGCCGCCGGCCCAACACGGCGCCCCUCACAGCCCGUGGUCUCCUCACAACCCCGCCCGGCCUCCCACACCCGGGCCGCCCGCGAUCGCUCCUCACCGCUCCCGCUGAGGCUGCGGCGGCGGACACUGCCUCAGGAAGCGCCCGCCCGGCUCCGCCGCCGCCACAGCCACCGGAAGCGUCACUUCCGCUCCAAAAAGCCCAUCUCUUCCGCAUUGCGCCGCGGCUGGGGGCGGAAGACCCGCCCUUCGCGGGGGAGUGGGCGGGGCAUGAUGAGGGAAGCUCCGCCCACUCUGGUCGGCCCCGCGGCGUCAGGCUACUGCCGGCUGCCCCCGCCUCCACCUGGGCAAAAUUCGCCUCCCGCGGCGUGUCCCCCGCCGGCUGCAGCCGCGGGUCCCACCGCCGGGGAUGCCGGGAGAGGGAGUAUCCGGCCUCCCUGGCCCCCUCGCGUGGGCUCUUGAGAGCAAGAGUCCAUUUCAAUUGGGGAUUACAUUUGACAGAGAAAACUAAAUGGGAGUGGAAGAGAAUGGAAUUUUUCUUAGUUGUCUGUUCAGCACUUGAAAAUAGCUGGACAAAUUUUCACCAAACUUUUAAGAAGUGUCUUUGGGAUGGGCUGACUAAAAUACAGGUUAAGUGGCAUACACAAACUUCCUAGUGAGAUCCUAAGGGCCUGCAGAGACAGACCAACACCCUCUUGACCCUUGAAACUGAGUAAUGAGGGGCCUGUGGAGGCUACAAAUAUCACCCCAAAAAGAUACUCUCAUCAUAAUUCCUGGAACCUGUGAAUGUUAAUUUAGGUGGGAAAAAGUCUUUGCAGAUGUGAUUGAGUUGAGGAUUUUGAGAUUAUUUUGGAUUAUCUAGGUGGACCCUAAAUGCAAUAUAAGUGUCCUUAUAAUAGGGAGGCAGUGGAAAAUGAGAGAGGGAGAGGGAGAAAGGAAGGGAGAGAGGGAGAGAUAAAAAGAAAAUGAGAAUGAAUGUGAAGACAGAAACAGAGAUUGCAGCAAUGUGGCCACUAGCCAAGGAAUGUCAGCAGCCACCAGAAACCGGAAGAGAUUGAAGGAUUUGGGCCUAUGGCCUUUGGAAGGAGCAUGGCCCUACUGACACCUUAAUUUCCAACUUCUGCCUCCAGAACUGUAAGAGAAUAAAUGUCUGUUGUUUUAAACCA